AUGCUGCUCUCAUCCGUCGACAUAAGUUUGUGGGAAUGGUGGAAGAGUGACAGACAGACAGUCAGAACUGAGUUUCUUGACAAUGGAGGGGACCCAAAUAUUUCUGAUGCUUUCCUCAUAAAUGGCCAACCUAGUGAUCUCUAUCCAUGCUCAAGAUCAGAUACAUUUAAGCUGACGGUGGAAUAUGGGAAAACUUAUUUGAUUAGAAUGAUUAAUGCAGUCAUGAACAAUAUUAUGUUCUUUUCCAUUGCAAACCACAGUGUCACGGUAGUUGGAUCGGAUGCUAGCUACACGAAGCCAAUCAAAAGUGAUUAUAUUACCAUCUCUCCUGGACAAACCAUUGAUUUCUUGUUAAAAGCUAACCAAAAACCUAGUCACUACUACAUGGCUGCCCACGUUUAUAGAACUGCAGCAGACUACGACAACACAACCACAACAGCAAUUAUCGAGUACAAAGGAAAUUAUACCUCUCCAUCGUUGCCAUUGUUUCCAAGUCUUCCCAUGAUCAAUGAUACAAAUGCUUCAGUUAGUUUCACAGGAAGACUCAGAAGCUUAGGAAAUAAAGAUUAUCCUGUCGACGUUCCUAAAAAUGUGACGAAUAUGUAUUUCUUUACAUUUUCCAUCAAUGCAGUGCCUUGUUUUAAUAAUUCUUGUGAUGGGCCUUUGAAUCAGCGCUUACUAGCAAGCGUGAAUAACAUAACAUUCGUGCAGCCUAGCAUUGCCAUUCUUCAGGCUUACUAUCGGCGCAUCAGAAAUGUCUUCGGUGAUGACUUUCCUAGUGAUCCCCCAUUUACUUACAAUUAUACCGCAGACAAUGUUCCUCAAGCCCUAUGGACGCCUCGAAAUGGCACAGAAGUAAGAGUUCUUGAAUAUAAUUCUACAGUUGAGAUUGUUUUCCAGGGAACAAACACAGUUGGAGGAAUAGAUCAUCCUAUACACUUACAUGGACAGAGCUAUUAUGUAGUUGGGUGGGGAUUUGGAAACUUUGAUAGAGACAGAGAUCCAUUGAAUUAUAAUCUUGUCGACCCUCCUCUAGUGAACACAAUCGCCGUUCCUAUUAAUGGUUGGACAACAGUAAGAUUCAAAGCAAGUAAUCCUGGUGUUUGGUUGUUGCAUUGCCAUUUAGAGCGCCAUAUAAGUUGGGGAAUGGAAAUGGUAUUCAUUACCAAAGAUGGCAAGGGAAAAGAGGCUAGAAUGUUGCCUCCACCUCCAGACAUGCCUCCAUGUUGA